AUGGUGCGUUUUGCCGCUUUCGUGUUUUGUUUGAACACCUGGCAGGAAAGGACAGUGACCGCCUUGACAAACUAUAAGAGUCCUUUAAAGAACUGGGUAUCCGCAAGCACGAAGUUCAGGGAACACCAGCUUAAUUCCGAAUUUCACAAGGCAGCGGUUGGUUACGCUGAAGAUUUCCUUCGGGUACAGGAUGGGAAAAUGCCGUCAAUCUCACAGCAGCUCAGUGAUAUUUAUCGUAACACUGUCGAACUUAACAGACAAAAGUUACGAUCUAUCAUAAAAACUGUUGCGCUUUGUGGUAAACAGAACAUAGCAUUACGAGGCCACCGCGAUGGCUCGUCACACAUAGACGAAGCUUCAGGCAACUCAGAAAACUUUCAAGCACUGCUGAAUUUCAGAGUGGAGGCUGGCGAUAAAGUGCUAGCAAAUCAUUUUGCCAACGGCUCAAGAAAUGCAACAUAUCGCUCUAAGACGAUUCAAAAUAAACAUAGAAGUGUUAGGCAGUUACAUCCAAGACAAGAUCGUUGCAGAGAUCAGUUUGUCGAAAAAGAAAGAAAUGUCAGAGAAGAAUUCGUUGGGUUCUACGAGUGUGAAGACGGCGUCACUAGUCAAGCUAUAGCUACUCUUAUAAUGAAGGCCGUUCAAGAACUUGGCUUGUCUAUGGAUUACUGCAAGGGACAGUGUUAUGGCGAUGCAGGCAACAUGUCAGGACCUUGUAAUGGUGCAGCAGCCAUUGUCAGAUGGCAAUAUCCAAAGGCUAUAUACACUCAUUGCAUGGCUCACCGCCUAAACCUCUCUGAUGUGAUCUGCCGGGCAGUUAAGAUGCAAGGCACAUCCAGUGACAUGCUGGGAGUUUUUAGCGACAUUAGAGAUGCAGUUAAAACGUUAUCUUCUGUGCGCCAAAAGGUAGAAGAGAAACAUGCAAAAUGGUUUCAAAAAGCAUGCCAAAUUGCCGAGAAGCUGGGCAUCACAGUGCAAAAACCAAGAACCUGUCAGGUACAGCGCAACCGUGCAAACACCCCUGCUGAAACGAUAUAA